GUUGUCCUGAACACACUCAAUCUUUGAUGUGGUUUUAUAUGUGAUAUUAUUUAUUACUCAAAAUGGAUAUUUCUUAUUAUGACGAUAAUGAAUGUAGUGAGUGCAAUGAUUAUGAUAGAGUACAACAAAUUCCAGAAACUUUUCAGCAUAAUUAUGAAAACUGUUUAAUCCCUAGUGUUUAUGGAACUCUUGAAUAUCUGUUUCCAUUAUUUUUAUUCAACAUUAUAUUCAAAUUGUUAAUAACACAAGCCGGGAAAAUUUCAUCAAAUGAAUUACUGCACAGUAUAUCAAUAAUUUUUGGAAUAUUUAUCAUUUAUUACUUUGUACCUGAAAGUCUAUACUUAUUAUUAAUCUAUGUAAUCAUAUCGUAUGGAUGCUUAUGCUUACCACUUAGGCCAUUACAAAAUUAUCGAAUUGAAAUGUUUAUCAUAAGUUUAGUAAUUAUUUUAUAUUGUGAAUAUACUAUGGAUCCCGUAGCGUGGCAUAAAAUUCGUAGUGUGAUCAUGAUAGCAGCAAUGAAAGCCAUUAGUAUGUCUUUUGAUAAAGCCACUAGUACACCACAACCUUUUUUAUUACUAUCAAAUUUUUUACAAUAUGCUGGAUACAUUUUUAAUCCUAGUACUUGUUUAUUUGGUCCCUGGAUUUCAUUCCAGGAUUACAUCACUUUACUAACUCAUGUUGAGUCUGAAAAAAGUAUUUGGGUAACAUUACCACUAAAUAUUUUUAGAACAUUAAAAAGUCUCUCAAUAUCUCUAACGUUUUUGAUAAUGUCUAAUUGUUGGACUCAGUGGUUUAUAUCAGAAGAAGCCCAACAAUUUACUGGUGGAAAAUGGUUACUUGCAUAUAGAGAUGCAUUAUCAUUCAGAACAUCCCAUUAUUUUAUAUCUUAUUUAUCUGCUACCCUUCUUAUAAUAGGAGGCAGUACACCAUCAUCUUUAUCAUCAUUAACAACUAUCACCAGACCAAUUGAUAUUGAAAUGCCUCGAUCGUUGGUUCAAGUUGUAAUUUCUUGGAAUGUUCCCAUGCAUACUUGGUUAAAAUUAUACAUCUUCCGUCCUGCCGUUCGGAGCAUAGGAAAAUUCAAUGCUGUAGCUCUAACUUAUUUAACCAGUUCAUUGCUCCAUGGUUUAAAUUUUCAAUUAGCCGCUGUUCUUUUAAGCUUAGGUUUAUAUACGUAUGUAGAAUUUCAAUUACGACAUAUUCUUGCUAAAACUUUUGACGCAUGUAUUUCUGCAAAAGAAUGUCCAUCGUCUUCCGGAAAUAUUAAUAGUAAAAUUUGCCGUUAUGAAAAACAUUGGUACAAUAACGGAUGGGUUUUUCUCGUUAAUUUUGCAUUCUCAGCUCUUUCAGUAUUUCAUUUAGCUUAUUUAGGAUUAAUGUUUGAUACAUCAGACUUACAAGAGACUGGAUAUAAUUACUCUCAUACCAUAGAAAAAUGGUCACAUCUUGGAUUUGCCAGUCACUGGGUAGCCUUUACAAUGUACUUAAUUUACUUCUUCAUCAAGUGAUCAAACUUAGAGUAGAAACUUAAAUUUUAUAAAGUAUUAUAGAUAUAUUUUUUAUAAUUUUUGUACUUUUUUAUAUUCAAUAUAGUAAUUUUUUUGUCGAAACCAUAUCUGUGAAAAAGAAGACUAAUCAGAGAAAAUUUAGAUAAUACAUGUAUUAAUGUAUUAUAGGCAGUGCAGUAUUGUGUACAAUAAAUUUUUGAUAUAACAUUUAA